AUGCUACUGAUACUCCUUUCAAAUAGACUGGGAAGACUGAGUAGCAAGGUGGAGAGUAGAAUAGGGAAGAAUAGAAUUGAAUUCAAGGCGUAUACAGCAGAUCAGUUGGAGCGGAUUCUGAACCAAUCUAAGAAUUCAGAGAAAGAAAACAGUACAAAUUUAGUGAACAAAUUCGUAGCAAAAAAAGUGGCAGGGGGAACUGGAGACAUUCGUAAAGCACGUGAUUUGUUGGAAGAUGGUGCACCUGACAUCCAGGGAAUGAAUAAGAAGAUCAAGGAGUACUAUGAACCACUCAUAGUGAGGUAUCACAGGUUGCUUAACAAGUAUCAGAAAAUGGUAAUAAGAGUGAUCAAUAUGUCAGAGAGUAACAAAAUGGAUGGAGUUGGUCUAUACAAUGACGUAAAGAGGGAGUGUAAGAUCAAUAGCAUCGAAAUACUACCGCAUUACGAUUAUUGUGAUGUAAUAGAAGACCUGAGAGACAUGGGGUUUAUCAAAAUAAGAAAUAGGGAAGUAACAAGGGAUUACCUGGUAGAGGAACUAGAAUAG